GGUGGCUGGCCAUAUCGCAAAACUAUAUGAGAAGCUUAAAGCCCCCCCGCGAUUUAUAUCUUUACCAAAACAACAACAUAUUUCUAUCACCAGAAAAUAUGUGGUUUGCUGGCUGCGCUUCCGCUGCCCUCUUGGCACUCACUGCCAGAGGAAGCGCGUACAGUAUCCCCGCUCUGUCCGCUCGAGCCUCCUCAGACUCUGGAUCCAUAAAAGUUCACAAUAUCUCGGUUCCCGUCGAUCAUUUCCACAAUGAGACCAAGUAUGAACCUCACUCGGAUAAGAAGUUUCCCUUGAGAUAUUGGUUCGAUGCGCAGCAUUAUCGCGAGGGCGGACCGGUCAUUAUUCUCGCCUCUGGUGAGACUUCAGGCGAGGACAGAAUUCCAUUCCUCGAACAUGGUAUCCUGAAGAUGCUGGCCAAUGCGACUGGUGGUGUUGGAGUCAUUCUCGAGCAUCGUUACUAUGGCACCAGUUUUCCUGUUCCGGAUCUCAAGACAAAGAACCUGCGUUUCUUGUCCACUGAGCAGGCUCUCGCUGAUACAGCUUACUUUGCCGAGCAUGUCAAGUUUCCGGGUCUGGAGAAGCACAAUUUGACCGCUUCCAACACGCCUUACAUCAUCUACGGUGGAUCCUACGCUGGUGCCUUUGCUGCUUUCGCCAGAAAGAUUUACCCUGAGGUCUUUUGGGGUGGCAUCUCCUCUUCUGGUGUCACCGAGGCUAUCAUCGACUACUGGGAGUACUUUGAGGCUGCACGCCUUUUCGCACCCGGCGACUGUGCCAAGGUCACACAAAAGCUCACUCAAGUCGUCGACAAGAUCCUCACUGGCAGCGACAAGGAGGAGAAGAAACAGCUCAAGAUUGCGUUUGGUCUCCUUGGUCUACGCGACGACGACUUCGCAUCCACCAUUUCCCGCGGUAUCCAAGGGCUGCAAGGCAACAACUGGGACCCUGCACAGGACUCACCUGAUUUCGGGAUCUACUGUGGCAGUGUUUCUUCCGAUGCUCUUCUCUACGCCAGCACUAGGCCUCUCACACUUUAUGUCAAGAAGUGGCUCUCAGCUCAUGCAAACAAGAACGACGUCAAGUAUCUGACAAACCGUUUCCUCAACUACAUCGGUUAUAUGAGGUCAAACGUUGAGUCUGAUAAACAGGGAGGCUGUCAAGGCCAGACAGUGAAUGAAUGCUACUCUAUUCGCGAAAUGUAUAGCAGCACUAGUCUUAACCCAGCAUCCAGUGGACGUCAGUGGACCUAUCAGACAUGCACACAAUGGGGAUACUGGCAGACUGGCUCUGGAGUGCCUAAGAACCAGCUCCCUCUGGUCUCUCGCCUCGUCGACGUCGAGUUCAGCACCAUUCCCUGCCGCCAGGAAUUCAACAUCACAGCUGAACCUGACGUCGCAUCCAUCAACAAGCUCGGUGGCUGGAACUUUAGCUACCCACGCGUGGCCUUCAUCGACGGUGAAUACGAUCCUUGGAGAGCCGCUACACCUCACAAGAUUGGUCUUACUCCCAGGAAGUCGACGGCCAGUGAACCAUUUAUCCUUAUCCCGUACGGUGUUCACCAUUGGGAUGAGAAUGGUCUGGACCCUAACGCCACUGAGAUCGGACUCCCUCCUCCUGCAGUUGCCAAAGCUCAGCAGGAUAUUGUUGAUUUCACCAAGGCUUGGUUGGAGGAGUAUGAGAAGGAGAAGGGGAAGCGUGCGAAUGACCUUUAAGAUGCGAUACCUUGAUAUUCUCUGUACAUAGUUAAAAUCAGGCUUAUGAUUAUGACUUCAAGUUAGUCCUAGCAAUAGAGACCUAUGUUACACCUA